CGGAACAAAAAAGAGAGAAAUGACGAAUAACAAAAAACGGAACCGUCUAACGGUAUAAAAGUUCUGUACUAAGUUGAAAUCGAUAUCAGUUCAAGCACAAACUGCAUACAGGAAAUCCACGAUGUUCAAGAUCAUUGCUCUGGUUGCCUGUUUGGCCGUAGUUGCCUCCGCUCAGUACUAUGGAGGAGAUCACGGUCACCACCAUGAAGAUUACCAUUCGCACCCGAAAUACAAGUUCGAAUAUGGCGUCAAGGAUGGACACACCCACGAUCACAAGAGCGCCUGGGAGCACCGCGACGGUGACCACGUGAAGGGACAGUACACCCUGGAUGAGGCUGAUGGCACCCAUCGCGUUGUGGAUUACAGCUCGGACCAUAAGGGAGGAUUCCAGCCUCAUGUUCAGCGCAAGGGACACGCUCACCAUCCACAUCACGGAGAAAGCUACGCCAACAUCGAUCAGCAUUACUGAAGAUUGUAUUAUAAUACAAUAAUGCAUUCAUGAAAAUAUUAUUCUUUGAAGAAAUUAAAACUUUUUAUAAUGAAACAUAUGUUAUUCAAAUUCAAAAAAAAAUAGUUUUGGGCGUGUCGACGCGUGGACAGGCCUAUUAUUAUGAACAGGCCUAGGAUGCAUGUGUCAAAUUAAAGAUCCGGUCAGUCAUCGUGAG